AUGGACGACGAUGCUGACGCUCCAGACAAUGCCUCACACGCACCAGACUGCCAUGAGCUAAUGGCACAGAUAACGCAGCAGGUACUGCAGGAACAUCUCCUGGAAGACAAAGACUCUGCCUGCGACAUCGUCUCUGAAGGCCCCGAGCUGGGACGCUUCACUUCGAGACUUCGAAGGCAUAGGCCACAACCUCCAGCUGCUCCUCCGCCGACAAAGCGGCCUGGGCGACUGCUCGGCGUGCAGGAACCUGGUUCAGCCUUUUCUGCGGGCACCGAGGAGUUGCCUGCGCUUCAACACUUGGCCCAGCUCGAGCAGGCCGUUCUUUCUGGCUCGGCAUUGCCGGCACUGCCUAUCUGGGGCCAAAUGGGUCAAGGUGCUUCGCCGCCUCCCAGGAGCGCCGCACCAAAGGUGUCUAGAUACCCCGCUCUGGCGGCUGCACGCACGAGUCCCCUCUCGCCCAGAUUGCGCGCACGCUCUCCGGCACAGGCACCCCUGGGCUUUCGGAGUCCUAACCUCCGGGGCUCCGGCCGCGGCCUGGCAAGAAGAGGCGCCGUGGCGGCAGCAACGGCCUUGUGGAUCUCCACGGAGGCACAGCGGCUGAGAGACGAGGCACAGCAACCGAAGUCCAUCGGUACUAGCUGCGCAGCUGCUUUCCUCUUGAAUCGCGGGCCGGAGCUGCUGGAGCCCCUCAGCAAGCCUCUGUGCGACCUGAAGCCUUGA